CUGAAAUCCAUUCAAACAAAAUCAGCAGCAAUUUUAUCUUAAAAAUAAGUUUAUAAAACUGCUUCAAAAUGAACAUUUUGCCAAAGAAAAGUUGGCACGUCCGCAACAAGGACAACAUCGCGCGGGUUCGCCGCGAUGAAGCGAAAGCCGCCGAGGAGGAAAAGGAGCGCCAGCGGCGGGUCGCGUUGGCCGACCAGGAGGCCAAAAUCAACUUUUUGCGCCAGAAGGCACGCCAGCAGGGGGGAGCGCAAGCAGAAUCCGUUAAAACUUCCGACGAGUUGGAGUCCCGGUUGAGCCGCAAGGAGCAUGUUAACUUUUUUGAGGAGUUGGAAAGUGGGAAGAGCGACGGCGUUGGGCGGAAGAACGUGGAGCACGAGCGGGAGAAAAAGGAGGAGCAGGAAAAGUACGAGAAGCAGGUUGGGUACUUGACGUAUCUGGGGCAGGAUACUAAUGAGGCGACCGGACGGAGGGAUUGGUACGAUGUGGCGCCGAGGAGGGAGGAACUGGUGGGCGAGGAUGGGAAGCGGGUUGAGGUGGGGCUGAAGACGAAGGAGUACAACGAUCCGUUGAAUGUGAUGCGGCGGUAUGUGCCGGGGAUGAGGACGGCGUCGCUUCCGUCGGCGAAGAAGGUGGAGGAAGGUGAACGGGAAGGUGGUGGGGGGACUUCCGGUCAGUUUCAGUACCAAUCGCUGACGGGGAAGCGCAGGAGAAGCUCGUCUGGAAGUGAGAGUGCUCCGAAGCGGAAGAAGAAGCAAAAACACCACAAGAAAAAGUCUAAGAAAGAGAAGAAGAAGCGGAAGAGACGUCGGAGUUCCAGCUCGGACCAGUCUACGGACGAGGAGCAGAGGCGGAUAAAAAAGGCAAAGCUGGAGUUGCUUCGGAGGCAGAGGUUGGCCAGGGAGCAGGAGGAAAAGGCGCGCACGGAGAAGCUGUUGGCGAAGGUGAGAGGUGAUCCGGAGCCGAAGGCGAAGGAACCGACACCUGCUCCGGCUGCGCCGGUUGUGAAGCAAAAGUACAACUCGCAGUUCAAUCCGGAGCUUGCCAAGCAGAACUUUGAAUAAAAGAGUUUAAUUUUAGCCGUUUAUUCUACACAUUUUGCAAACAUUCAAUGGUACUUUCCGAACCACUUGUGAUCCACCGGCGACAGCCACCGAUGACAUCCGCCCAUGUUGUUCUGGAUAAUGUACUUCAAGCUGUACUCGUUCAGAUUGUCCCGCUCCAGCCGCUCCUCUUCCGCCUUCAUCUCCUCGAGCAUUUCGUGCGACACGACCAUCGCCUUGAACGGCAACUUGUGGCAGACCGUCUCCAGAAUCGGCUUCACCUCGGCAAACUCGCACUUGCCGGCCAUCUCGACGAUCACGCGCCCGCUCUUGACCGGCGUUACGUAGUGAUCGAUGGCGCUCUUUCCACCGCCCAUCCGCUGGCCCUGGCCUUUCUUCGUAAUCGGCUGCCACGGAGCAUCGACGCGCCACGCCGCAAACAUCCGGCUCACGUCCAUCUUGCGACCGAUGCCCAACCGAAUCAUCUCAAAGUGUCCCCAGCGGAGACGGCCGCCGCCGGUGGCCACGAUGCCGUACUGCUUGUGCAGCAGCGAGUUGUGAACCGUUUCCGGACCGCGCAUAAACUUGAGCUUCUUCUGCAGCUUGGGCGCCUUCAUGUUGGACGGCAGGAUCGGCACCUUGUCCAUGAAGCGCAGCUUUGGUCGCUCCGGAAUGACGACAUCUGGAAGGACUUUGGUUACUAAUUGCAAUCUAGAUAUUCCGUCCCUUACCUUUAUACUCAAUUGGAGGAGCAAAGUGUUUUAGUGUUGCAAUUUGUUGGUUAUGUUGUUGCCUCAGUAAACCU